AUGCACCGUUCUACCAGGUAAUACGUGUAUUUUGCAGUUUAAAUUUCAUCUUCAGUGUUAUGAAAAUUCACUUAUCUCAAAGGAAGAUAUACUUAAUGAGCGCACACAUUUCAUAGACUGUACUGAAACAAACAACAAAUGGGUGCAUCAAAAAGUAAGCCUUUGUCGCCAGAAGUCAAAGAUCUCGAAGAAUUGGAUCCGGAAGAAUUUGAAAGCUUCAAGGAAGCUUUUAACAAUGGUGGAUUGUCAGAAUUGAAAAGAAAAGUGGAUGAAGACAUAGACAAGUGGAAAAAUGUUCCAGUUAAUAUUGCUGUCACGGGAAAUUCAGGGAAUGGCAAGUCAUCAUUCAUUAACAGUUUCAGAGGACUCAAAGCUUAUUCCGAGGGAGCAGCUAAAGUUGGUGUGGAUGAAACAACUUUUGAACCAAAGGAUUACAUGCAUCCAAUAAAUAAGAACAUUGUUCUUUGGGAUCUCCCGGGGGUCGGCACACAGAACUUCCCGAAAAAUACGUAUUUACAAGCAGUUGAUUUUCAUAAGUAUGAAUAUUUCCUCAUCAUAACAGCCACCCGUUUCACUGAGAAUGAUAUUUGGUUAGCAAAUGAAGUUCAAAACCUUGGUAAAAAAUUCAUUUUCAUCCGUACAAAGAUGAGUAUCGAUGUCUCAAAUGAUGGACAUGAUAACCCUGGAAUUUGUAAAGAUGACACAGUCAGUAAGGUACGACAAGCAAUGGCAAAGCAUGUUAAAGAUGCAGGUUUUGAAGAAAUCAGGGUUUUCCUUAUCGACAACCACUUUCCGCUUGAUUAUGAUUUUCCGGACCUCAUUGAAACAAUGAUUAAUGAAGCGCCAAAAUGGAAGCAAGAGGCAAUGACAUUAACAAUGACAAACCUCACUAAAAGUCUUAUUCAUCGAAAGAAAGAUGUUCUACAAAAACGAAUUAUGAAAGUAGCAAUAGUUUCAGCAAUAGGUGGAGCAGUACCUUUGCCAGGAGUGGGUCUUGUUGUUGAUUUAUCAAUCUUUAUUGAAGAAAUUCAUUUUUACAGAAAACAACUUGGCCUUGAUGACGAUUCUUUGCAGGAAAUUGCACGUUCACUGGAUACAACUGUUGAGCAUCUAAAAGUAGACUUGCAACUAAACAGUCAUUUUUUGGGUGCGUCAUUAAGAUCGAUUGCUGCCUUCGUGUCCACACUGGUUUUAUCAGAGGUUGCCGAAACGGUAUCCGCAAUUGCUAUUCCUAUUCUUGGAAGCUUUGUUGGUGCAAACAUAUCAUACGGCAGCACUGUUGCUGUUUUAAGGUCCAUAUUAGAUGCAUUAGUGUCGGAUGCAUUAGCUAUUAACAAACGAUUGAUGCAACAGCUGUCGGAACAAAGUUUUUCGUAAAUAAAACUUGGGAGGGAGUGGUAUCAACUAUAAUAAUAAAUUAUAUAAAUAUAUUAUUGUAUUUAAUUACAUUACAUAACAUAAUAUUAUAAUUGGGGCGUCCGUGGCCGAGUGGUUAAGGUCGUUGACUUGACCGCUGUGGGUUCGAAUCCCGACAGGGACUUGGAUUCCUUCAUGUGAGGAAGCUAUUCAGCUAGCUAACAAAACGUCGGUGGUUCUACUCAGGUACCCGUUAGAUAUUAUAUUAUAUUAUUAUAUAUGCUAAGGAGCUGUUACAAACAUUGUUUUAAAUAAUCAUUUUAAUUGUGUCGUUAACUGCUUCGCAAUAUUUGUUUCAUGUUAGAAAUUGGAACUGUUACUCCCUUUGAUAUUUUAUGGGACAGAUGUUUUUUUUGAAGAUAUACAUGUACUUAUGAGAAAUCAUUAUCAACUUGCUGCCCGACGGCGUCACGGGUCAAUAUGAAUUAUCCUAGCACAAUUUUCAAAUAAAAAACAAUUGAAAUUUCCUUUUACUUUUCAACCAAAUGAUUUUUAUAAUUUGGUCGAAUUUAGGUGAAUUUCAGACGAAAUUUUGAAAAUAUUUCCACAAAAUAUUAAUGUAUCUUUUUGUUAAAAUGGAGACUAAAU